UCAAUCCAGGGCCUACAAACAAAAACAACAUGAGGACUUUAUUUGUGUUGCUUAUUUUAUUUCAUGUUGCAUCGACAGUGAAACAUUCCCUGAUAUAUGUCUUCACUGCAUCUUCUGGAGUUGCAGAGUUUCCAGAGUUUUUGGGUGUAGGGAUGCUUGAUGGAGUUCAGUUUGGAUACUGUAACAGCACAGCACACACAGUAGUGCCCAGACGUGAAUGGAUAAAAGAAUUCUUCAAAGACAGUCCACAAGACCUGGAGUGGUAUUCUGCAGAGUGUCUGGACCAUCACUACUUUUUCAAAGCUCAUAUUGACAUCAUGAUGCAUCGCUUAAACCAAAGUGAAGGUGUGCACAUUCUACAGAAGAUGAGUGGCUGUGAGUGGGAUGAAGAGACUGGAGAGACUGUUGGUUAUAACCAGUAUGGUUAUGACGGAGAAGACUUCUUGGCAUUGGACAUGGAGACACUGACGUGGGUUGCUCCGAAUCCUAAGUCAUUUAUGACCAAACUCAGAUGGGAUACUGAAAAGGCUAAUUUAAAAAUGAAUAAAGACUUCCACAUGCACAUAUGCCCCAAAUGGCUGAAGAAGUAUUUACAGUAUGGAAUCAGCUCUCUGCAAAAAGUGCUUCCCUCAGUGUCUCUCCUCCAGAAGUCUCCCUCCUCCCCAGUCAGCUGCUUCGCCACAGGUUUCUACCCUAACACAGCUGUGAUGUUCUGGAGGAAAGAUGGAGAGGAGCUUAAUGAGGGCAUGGACCAUGGAGAGAUCCUCCCAAACCAUGAUGAAACCUUCCAGAUGAGGGCUGACCUGGACAUUUCCUCAGUGAAACUUGAAGACUGGGGGAGGUACGAGUGUGUGUUUCAGCUCUCUGGAGUGGAGGAGGACAUCGUCACCAGACUGGACCAAUCAAUGAUCAGAAGCAACAAUGUUCCAGGUUCUCCUCUUUGGUCUCCUCUUGUUAUUGGAGUUGUUGCAGGACUGCUGCUCCUGUCAGCCUGCAUCGCUGGAUUCAUCAUGUGGAGAAAAGAGAAAAAUGAGUUCCAGGCUGUUCAACAGGAACAGGAUAAACCAGAGACAGAGCCAAGCUCCAACACAUGAGGAGUCAGCACAGCUGCCAAGAACAGUCAUUUUGUAAAUAAAAUCAGAGCACAACCACUGCUAUAAUCAUGUUAAACUUUUCUUCAGGCAUUAAUCCUACAAAAUAAAAUAAAAGUCAAGUUCAGGAAGUGGAAUGAUCUAAUAGACAACAAAAACACAUCUAGAAGCACCAACUUUAGAGAUAAUAUAAUAACAUGUUGGAAAUAAGUUUUUUAUGGUAGAUUUUAGAUGACAACCACAUGACUGUACAAUAUGUGAGUUUUCUUGAUAAUUGUAUUGCACUAAGUCUUUGAGCUCACAUUAUUAUAAAAUGUUUCCACUAGAGGGCAUCAACAGCUCUGAAUAAAAGCUCCUUUUAUUCAAGGUUGGUCUUAUUUUCACCUGUUUAUUUCCCCCUCACAUUAAACAGCUAACAGGUGUGUUAUUGUGCUGGACGCCAGCAGGUUACUGAUAAAACAAUGCUCUUAAAGCAGCAGUGUCAAACUCAGUCACAGCAGGGGCCUGAUCCUAAAUUUAGGUCUAACCUGAGGGCCUAACAGAGUCAACGUUUAACUAAAAAAUGUCAACCUCAUGUGUAAAGGUAAUGACUUACAGAAAAUCAAAAACUGAUUUUGAGAUUUAAAAAAAGUCAAAAGUAAACAUUUAAAGGCCUUAAAAUAUGAGGUGAAAUGUCAAAAUUAUUAGUUUUAAAAGUAAAAAAUGAAAUUAAAAGUCAAAAUAAUGUUUUUAAAAGGCAAAUAUCUGAGAUAGAAAGUCAAAUUCAUGAGUUUUAAAGGUCAAAA